AUGUACUUUGCUUUUUUAAACACAUUCUUUUUACUCUGUCUGCACUUUGCUGAUAGUUUGGCGCCGUUUAGCCUUGGCAAUGGAUACAGAUACUUAUCGAAAGAAGUGAACUCUAUGGUGGCAAACUUCGAUAAAUCAACGAUUGAAACGAAAUGGCUUCAACAACCAUUGGAUCAUUUUAAUAAAACUGAUGACAGAAUGUGGAAUAUGAGGUAUUUCGAGAGACUUGAUAAAUGGCGGCCAAAGGGUCCUGUAUACUUAUUUAUAAAUGGCGAAGAUGAAGCCACUCAAGCAUUUUUACAAACUGGAAUAAUGUAUGAACUGGCGAAAGAAACUAAGGGUGCGAUGUAUCUGUCAGAACAUAGAUAUUACGGUAAGAGCAUACCGUUUGACGAUUUGAGUACGGAGAACCUAAAAUACUUAAAUUCGAAGCAAGCACUAGCUGAUGUAGCAAAGCUGAUAGAGGAAAUAAAACUGUUACCUCAGUUUAAAUCGUCAAAAGUUGUCGUAGUGGGAGGAUCAUACGCAGGCAAUUUAGCGACUUGGAUGGAAUUGCUCUAUCCUCAAUUAAUAGAUGCCGCCAUUGCUAGUAGUGCUCCAGUUGUUGCAAAGAAAGAUUUCUACGAAUACUUAGAGAACGUUAGCGAGGAUUUUGAACAACAUGGUACUCCAAAUUGUCUCGAUAAAAUUGCGGAAAUAUUCAAAAGGUAUGAUGAGUUGUUUAAAUCACCGGAUGGUAUUGCAAAAUUAAAGGCAGAAGAACACAUUUGCGAUAAGACCGAUAUGAACAAAAAUGAAAAUAAGCAAAUAUUCUUCCUAGAUAAAAGUUCUGAAUUUAUGUACACGGCGCAAUAUGGGAAUCCAAAACGAUUUAAAAGCCACUGUGAAGAUUUAAUUAGCACAUCAGCAAUAAAUUCAUCUAAAGAUGAAGUGUUGUGGAAUGCAAAAAACGAUUGUUUUGAUUACGAUUUUGACGAAAUGAUAAAGAGCAUGAAAGAAAUUGACUGGCUAAUGUCCUGGACGUACCAAACUUGUACUGAAUUUAGCUAUUUUCCGACCAGUUCUUCAGAUAAGCAACCAUUUACGAAAAAUAUUCGAAUGGACUUAUUUUACAAAAUGUGUAGCAGCCUUUACGGUCCCACGUUUAAUGAACAAAGGAUUGAGGAAGGAGUUAAAAAUACUAACGAAUUAUUUGGAGGUCUAAAGCCAAAUGUUUCUAAUGUAGUGUUUGUGAAUGGUGAUUUAGAUCCUUAUCAUAAACUUGGAGUUUUAGAAGACGUUUCUUAUGAUGCUCCGGCGAAAGUGAUACCUCGAGCAUCGCAUUGCAGAGAUUUAUUUUCUAAUAGGCCUGGCGAUCACCAAGAAUUGAAAGAAGCAAGAAAUUAUAUAAAAUACUUAGUGAAGAAAUGGAUUGGAGCUGGUGAUUAUAUUAUAAAGCGGGAAUAAAUUUACUGUGGACAUAUUAUAUUCAUCACUUUGAAUUAGAAGGAUGUUGACCAAAUACACGAAUAAUUAUAAUAUUAAAUAAUAUUGAUUAAUAGCUUCUAGUUAUUAUAAAUGUAAUCAUUCCAAGGUUUUACGCAGCAUACGUAUUUCAUAAAUAAAACGAAAGGCAUAUUGAAAAAUAUUAUGUAUAUUUACUCAUACAUGUUCUUCCUUAUAAUAGGUUACUUGUUAACCAACACCCUAUGUUACACAAUAAUGUCGGAUGUUGAUGUUUAAAAUUCUUUAUAAAAAUAUGAUUACAU